AUGGCGACUGAAGAUGAGCAAAUUGGUGCAACGACUACUACUGACAAUUUCACGGCUGGAACUGCCACUUUUCCUACUAUCGAUCACAAUCACCCAUUGUACCUGCAACCAACAAACACACCAGGUCUGCUAGGUAAAAGUAAAGUAGGUUUUGUCGAUGGGAGAUUUCCUAAAUCUAAAUUUGAACCCGAGCGUCAUAAUCUGUGGGAAAAGGUCAAUGCUAUAGUUCUCUCGUGGAUAAUGAAUGUUGUUAGACCAGGAUUGUUGAGUAGUGAGUUGUAUCCAUCUAGUGAUCAUACAGUUUGGGAAGAUUUGAAGGAGAGGUUUGAUAAAGUAGAUGGCUCGAGAAUACUCUAUUUGCAUAGAGAAGUUCAUACCCUGACUCAAGGAACUAUGAUUGUGACUGGCUAUUUUUCAAGGCUUAGAGAGCUAUGGGAUGAGUUUGAUACUCUCAUGCCCUGUCCUGGUUGUCCUUGCUCUGAAUCUAAACAGUAUACCCAACAUUUUGAGUAUCAAAGACUUCUUCAAUUCCUCAUUGGGUUGAAUGAAUCCUAUUCUCAGUCUAGGAGCCAAAUUAUGAUGAUGUCUCCCCUACGAAGUAUAAACAAGUCCUACUCUUUGUUAGUAAAUCAGAAAAGUCGAAGGAACCUCACAAGCAUAACACAAGUUGCUCAGGUCACUGAAGCCUUGGAGAAUGCUGUCAUGUAUAGCAGUAGGAAUGUGAACAAUGCUGGAAACUAUAGGCCCAAAAGGAAUCAAGUUUAG